AUGGAAAACGAAUUAUUAAUAAAAUUUCAUAAAAUAUCAAAUAUUUUUCAUGAACAAUUUUAUUCAUCUCCUAUUCAAAAACAUAAUCAAGAAUAUUUGGAAAAUCUUUAUGAACAAUUAAAUCAAUGGAAAAGACAAACUAUCGAACAAAUUGAAAUAUUAAUUGAAGAAAAACGAAAAGAAAUUAAACAGUUUUAUGAUAAUUAUUAUUUGGAAAUAAAUAAACAAUAUUCAAUAAUAAAUGAACAAAUUAAAACAGAGAAUUUCUCAUUCGAUCUUGAUGAUCAAGUUGAAUAUUUAUAUAUUUAUUCUCAAGUAAAUUCAAUAGAAAAACGUUUACAUUUAAAUACAACUUUAUUUACAAAAAAUCAAAUCAAUGAGACAAUUAAAUUACAUUAUGCACAUUAUCGAGAAUUAACUACUAAAACAACGAUUUUACCUUUGAAAGAAAUGAUGAAAGAUAAAUUACAAACUACUUAUAAUAAUUAUCCAUCAUUAAUAAAGAAACCAACAGCAAAUAAUAAUUAUCCAUCACUAAUAAUGAAACCAACAGUAAAUAAUAAUUAUCCAUCAUUAAUAAAGAAACCAAUAGCAAAUACUAAUGAUCAACAUCAAUUACCUAAAGAAUAUUUAUUCAAAUCAUUAACAAGUACUUUGUCUUUAAAACGUACAACAGUAAAUAAGUCAAUUGAUAAUUAUCCUUUAGAACAUCCUACUUACGUUCCAGUUUUAAUUGAUAAAACGCAUGAAAUACAUAAAUCAAAUCAAAAUCUAAAUAAAUAUAUUAGUGAUUCUUUACUUCUGUCUGAUAUUCAACAACGAUCACGACCUAUUAUUGAUGAUAGUAAAAACUUUAUUCAAAUCUAUAAAGUACUUUUAUCUAAUGAAAAUAAUUCUCAAAAAUUACUAGAAGAAAAUCGUCAUCCGUACACUAAUUCUAGUCAUGCAUUAUAUGAUUUAAAAAAUGUUAAUCAAACUGAUCCAUCAAUAACAAUGUUUCUACAAUAUGAAUCAAAAUUUAAUUGUAUUGCUAGUUCAACAAGACACAAUGAAUUAGUAAUAUAUAAUUCAAAAUUAAAUAUUUUCAUUAUUUUACAACAUGAGCCAAAUAAGAAAAUUUGUCGACAACGUUCAUAUUUUCAAUGGCCAUUAAAUUUAAGUUCAAAUCUAUCUGAUAUAACAUAUUGUCAAAUGAAUGAUCAAUAUUUAAUUUCAACUAGUGAUAAUAGUCAUUUAUAUUUAUUUAAUCAAAAUUUAUUAUCUGUCAACGAUUUAGGUUCUUUAUCUGAUAAUCAAUCGUUGAAUCGUAUUCAUUGUUAUGAAAGAACUGUAUACUGCAUAUUAGGAGAUUUUAGUCUUGUUGAAUAUCAAUUAGAUGAACGAAAUUUAAUUAUAAAAAGAAAUAAAAAAAUCGAUUUAUUUAGUUCAACUGAACUUUUAUUAGACGUUACUUGUGAUAAAAACAAUUUAAUUGUUGUUUAUAAACAUGAAAAUAAUGAAAUUUACUUACGAAAUAUUAAUCGCACAUUAUUAAAUAUCCAAUUCGAACUCUUACUUGAUAAUAAACAACAAAUUGAACGAAAUUUUAUACGAAUAGAAUCAACCCGAUACGAUGGAAAUUUUAUUUAUAUGAAUAGUUUAUGCAAAUAUUUAAAAACUAUUGAUUUGAUUUAUUAUAAAAAUGGACAAAUAACAUCAGUUUCACAGAAAAAUAAUUCACCGACAAAUAUUUGUGUAUUAAAAGAUAAUCGUUUAGUUAUUUUAUAUGAAAAACCCUAUUUUUUAUCUUGGGCAAUUAAUGAACCUGUACCAGCAAGAACAUCGAUAACAUUUGGUAUUAUUUUUUCCGAUCAAUACGAUUUAUCAAUAUUGAAAGGACCAGAAAACGGAACGAAAGAAGCACAAGCAUUUAGAAAAUUAUGGAGUGAACGAUGUGAAUUACGUCGUUUUCCUGAUGGAUCAAUUCUUGAAUCCGUCGUUUGGAAUGUUGAUACAGCAAAAGAUAAACGACUUAUAUGGAUGGAUGCAACUCGAUAUCUUUUAGAAAUACAAGGUGGAAUAUCACCAACUAAUAUUGAAUUUUUCUAUAAUGAUCAACUUCCAUCGAAUUUACUUUCUAUUCCAGCUCGUCUUCUUCCAUCAUAUGGAACAGGUGAUGAACAACAGAUUUAUCUUUGUCAAGAAUUAGUUGAAUUAUCAAAACAAGUUCGAACAUUGAAUACUGAACUUCCACUUAAAAUAAAUAAUAUUAUUGGUGUUGAUGAAACAUUUCGUUAUACAAAUGUUUUUCCACCAUUACCAUCAUCAUUUCUAACAGAUUUACAUAAAAUACGUUCAAUUGAACAUGAUACACAUGCAUUAAUACCACGUUCAACAUCACGUUAUGCACCACCAUACAGUCAAUCAUUAUUAAUUUUAUGUCAAUUAGAAAUGACAAAUUCAAAUGAUCUUGAUUUUGAAAAUCUUGAACGUAUAAAACAUUCAAAAAUUCUCUAUUAUAUUCAAUUAGCAAAAUUAUUACAAGAAAAAUUUCAUUUAACUUGUCGAGCAACGAAUGAUUGUUGUUAUAUUGAAAAAAAUCAUUAUAUUUAUCGUUUAGUAAUAUCAUAUCAUAAGGAAAUUUAUUUAAUGGAAAGUGAAGCUGGAAAAAAAGAUGGAUUACAACGAACAAUUAAACAAACAAAUUUAUCAAAACAAUUAAGAUAUAAUACAGAAUAUCUACCAAAACUACAUGCUGCUAUAUACGGUGUUAGUCAACAAUUUGUUCACUAUCAAUUAGUGUCGCGUUUAUUUAAACGUUGGCUUUCAUCACAAUUACUUCUUCAUCAAUUUGAUUCGAUCAAUGCAGAUAUACUUUGUUGUUAUAUUUUUCUUCAUUCAGCUCCAUAUGAACCACCAAAAUCAAUAUUAUCUGGUUUUUGUCGUGUACUUUGUCUUCUUCGUGAUUAUGAUUGGAUUAAUGAACCAUUAAUUAUUAAUUUUAAUCAUGAAUUAACAAAAGAACAAAUUUUUGAAAUGCAAACACAAUUUAAAACUGACCGAUCGAAUUUACCAGCUUUAUGUUUAAUGCCCUCAGUAGCAUUUCAUGAGAAUAAUAAACCAAAUAUACCAAUAUUAAAACGUGUGAUACAAUUAGCUAAAGAAGCAUUGGUAUUUUUAGAAACAAAUAAUAGUGAUUCGAUUAAAUUUCUUUUUCGACCAAGUACCAAUUCUUAUGAUGUGAUCAUUAUGCUUGAUCCACUUCAAUGUCCACGUGCUUAUCAAGCUGUUGAUCAUGUAUCUACAGAAGUAACAUAUACAACAAGAAAGAAGUCAACUGAUAAUGAUGAUCAUCAAUCAAAGAGUAACAAUAAAUUAUUAUCCAUUGUUGACUAUGAUCCAGCUCAAUUAUUUGUUAAUGAAUUACGAACAUCCUAUAAUGAUCAAGCAGAAUUCUUUCAUGAUGAAUUCGGUGGUGUUAUGGUUUGUAUACUAUGGAAACCGUCGAAAAAUACAACAAAUGGUCAUAAUAAUAAUGUCGAUUAUGUUAAAAUAAUUGAUCAAUGGAAAUUAUUAGGAACAGGAAUUAUAAAAGAAAUUCGUACAUUUCCUGAACGAUGGUGUUAA